CGCGAGGCAGUCAGCGGGGUAAACCAAGGCAGUCUGUAGGAGAUGAGGAGAAAGAAGGCGUAAUGGUUCAUGUAGAUUAAAUGUCGUUUCAAUAGCACUGUUGUUUUCGGUUGGUUGACGGGAACACAUUUUGCGGUUUACGCAAUCUUUACCAUUGUUUCUGCCGGUGAAAGUCGCAAACGCGAGGAGCCCCGGCUUAGUGGUUGGGAUGUUGGCGGCGGAAAACCCAUCUGUUGACGGACACUUAGCAGCGACAACCCCACGCAGAAGAGGCAUGGAUUGUAAGUCAAGUAACAAUGCCAACAAGAAACUUAUUCAAGCUCGUCUCCCAUUCAAGCGUCUGAAUCCUGAACCUAAAGAGGACCAGCCGCACAAACGCCCUUGUGCACAUGCCUGCCCCAGUACAGGAGUGUCAGACAGGGAGAAUGAGUCCUCUCCUCUCCCAGUACACAGUGGACCACCCUUGGUUAAUGGUCGCGGGCCACUUGAUGGUUUCCUAAGUCGUAGGCGCCCUGCACCCUCCAAUGAAAACAUGGUAAUAGACCUCACCUCGGAAAACAGUUCAUCUCCCACCAGGCGCCUUCCUUCAUCUGCUCCUGCCUCCUCCUGCCUCCCAACAAAAGACAAGCACAAGAACAAGGACAAAACUGCCUCUUCUGGGAAACCCAGCAAUGUUGAUCUGACACCUGAAGUACACACAUUAGACUGCACAGUAGCCAGCAAAGAUAAUGAUGAGGACUUGGAGGAACAAGAUGAAAAUCAGACAUCAAUCUCUCAGCUUGACACAACACAGGAUUCUGAAAGUGAGCCAGAGGAGCAGGAUGAGUCCGGAAAUGUUUCCAGUUUAGGAAAUAAGUCCACACUGUCUGCAUCAUCAGUUGACUCCUCGUCUGAAAGCUCACCAGAAAAGUCAAAGACCGAAACCCCUACAACCACCUCAACACCUACGACUACACCUAAAGAGCCAAAGACCACUCCUAAGAUACCAGCAGAUGAGAAAAAGAUAAAGAGACGCUCAUUGAAGAGUUUACAAGAACAAGAGGAGAGGCUUCGGCUGCGGCAGGAAAAAGAGCGCCAGAAAGAAGAGGCUAGGGCUGCAAAGGAGAAAAAGAAAGAAGAAGCUCGCAAGUUGAAAGAGGAGCGACAAAAGGAAAAACGAGAGAAAAAAGAAAAAGAUGAGCGAGAGAAACGAGAGAAGAAAGAAAAAGAGGAGAAGGAAAAAGCCGAAAGGCUAAAAGCUAAAGAGGAGCAGCGUAAAUCAAAGCUAGAGGCAAAGCUUGAAGAAAAACGCAAGAAAGAGGAGGAGAAAAGAAUGAAAGAAGAGGAAAAACGGUUGAAAGAAGAAAAAGAUCGCCUCAAAGCUGAGAAAGCAGAAAUUACACGGUUUCUUCAAAAGGCCAAAAUCCAACAGGCCCCAAAGACCCUUGCAGCAGCAUGUGGAAAAUUUGCUCCAUUUGAGAUAAAGGAGAAUGUGUACCUGGCACCAUUGGUCCGGGUUCACUGUGAUGAAUCAGUCCUGGAGGAACUAGAUCAGUGUUUAUUGAACCCUGAUGAAAAUUUAAAUGGACUAAAGGACUGGAUUACGCAAAAACCUCGUUGGUCUGGACCCACCAAACCACCACGGACUAAAACACUCAGAGAUUGUGUUGCAGUGGAAGGGCCUAAACCUGAUGGUAUACCGGACCGUAAACGUUACGGACCCAUGAAGCUGCUUCAGUUCCAUGAAAACUACCGUCCAGCCUACUGGGGCACCUGGAGUAAGAAGAGUUCACACAUUUCACCUCGCUGUCCACUCAGACAAGAUAAGGAUCUGUUGGACUAUGAGGUGGACAGUGAUGAAGAAUGGGAGGAAGAGGAACCAGGAGAGUCCCUGUCACAUAGUGAAGGCGAAGAUGAGGAGGAAGGGGGUGAUGACGAUGAUGAUGAUGGCUUCUUUGUUCCUCAUGGCUACCUUUCUGAAGAUGAGGGGGCGCUAGAGGAAGAAGAGGAUGGUGGUGACCUGGAGAAACAGAAACUACGGCAGAAACUGAAAGCAAGGGAGUGGGAUGAGCUGAUGUCCAGCAAGAAGAAGUGGAAGGUGCUUGAGCCGGUGGUGAAGGGCUGCGUCUGGGACGGAGAAGGACCUGGGCUGCAGCUCUUUCAGCCUUACGCUGUGUGUCUUGUUGAGCCUUUACCCAAGUCUGAAAGCAGCCCCAGCCCAGAGGAGCUAACACAGAAGAGCGAAAAGGAACAACAAUUGCUCGGUCAGCUGCUGCCUCUUCUGCAUGGCAAUCUCAACAGCGGCAAAGUGAUCAUUAAUGAGUUUCAGGAGUUUUGUCGCCAACAGACCUCUUCCUCCACCUCCUCUUCACCUCCUGUACUGUCCAGCCCUCCGAGCCCAGCAGAAAACAUCCCCACCAGAAUACAAUUGAGACGCCUUAUCAAGAACAAUGCAGUUUAUGAGAAGCGCUCCACAUACAGACGCUGCUGCUGGUACGUGCACACAGAGGUCCUGUCCCGUUUUGGCCAGGAGGCUCUGCCUGUGCCCUGCCAGUGGAACUACCUCACCCCAGGAGCCCGAGAAGAGUCUCGUGAAGAAUCCCAGGCAGCCACAGGGUCCUUGGGAAACUCCCCCACUACACCUCAGAACUCGUCCACCACCCCUUCAUCAUCAAAUAAAAGGAAAAGCACGGGCAGCAUGUCGAUCACGAAGUUCAUGAAGAGAUGUACUGACACAGAGCAGACGGAAGCAAUGGAGGCAGAUGGUUUUCAAGCAGACACUGAGGAUGACGAUGAAGAAGACUGUGUCAUUGUUUCCACACAGGGUGCUUCUACCAGGGAGAGUUCCUCCACCAGUGGAGACUGUCCGAUGGAGGUCACUCCUUCUGACACAGCCUCUCUUCCUGUUACCAGCACUGCUCCUACACUCGCCACUGCCUAAAAACAGGAAGGUCCAGCUGUUCACACCAAGAAACCCAAUGUCACUCAUUAAUUCCUGCUGUCUGACUCUGAACUCUGCUGUGUUCAAGACGGAUCAGAUGCUCCUGCGAAACAAAGUAUCACACACUGGUACAGGCAGCUCACAGCAGAUGGAGACUGCUCAGUAUUGAGUGCUACAUGCCUAAUCUUUCUCUCAUAAGUUAGGGGGCAAACUUUCCUCUGUAAUGUAGUUGUGCAUAAAAUGAGUGUCUUACUUAAUUAUUGAGGGCAGAUUUGUCCAAUAGCUGGUCUUGGUUUUGUAUUAAAGUCUCAGUCAGACAUGUUUGGAAGGGGCCAAAUUACAUGGAAAAUGGAAACCUCUGUCUCUGCAUGAGCUACAGCAGAUUAAGUUGAGCAGAGAAAGGGAACGCUGAACUGCAUUGCCCUAUUUUCUCAAUAAGAGUCAUACAGGAGAUCAGAAAUGGCAUUAUUUACAGUUUGUGAUGUGUUGAUUUCAUGUUGCCAUGAUGUUAUUGGAUUUCCUCCAGUAUAACUGUAUAUAUGUUGUCACAUUAAGAGUUGGAAAUGGAGAGGCUGAAAGUCCAUCUCUACAUUUCCCUAUGGGUGCAUUUAUUCUGCAUUUUCUAAAUCUAACAGCUCACUGGAGUAGUUGCUAGACCUGUACUUGCACCAAUAAGUCCAGUGUCACAGUGUUUUAUAAAUAUGUAUUUUCUGUAUUUUUGAAGAAUACUUGAACAGGAUAAAUUCAUUAAACAUGAAUAA